AUGCUCAUUGCUGAUCAGAUCAGCAAGGCGAGCCGGUCACGCUUGCAGACCUCGCAAGCGAUGUGCGCACUCAAGACGCCAAAGCGCUUGGGUCUGACCGGAACGCCCCUGGAAAACGACUACGACGAAGUCCAGACCUUGUUGAAGUGGCUGGACAUUAAGCCAUGGAACGAUCGGAAGGUAUUCAACGAAUACUUCGUGUCGAAGAGGCCGAAGAAGUCCAAGGCACGCACGUUGAAGGGAGAACGCAACGCGAUUCUCUCGACUAGUCUGAGGGCUUGCGUCUUCCCUCUGAGGAUCGACGACACCUUCGAUGGGAAGCAGUUGGUCGGGUUCUCGCGAGCUAUCAAAAACCAUACCCUGGUGACACUCUCCCCCGAAGAGUCUGUUCAUCAGAAGGACACCAAGCAACUGUGGGAUAGGAAGGAGGGUGCGAGAGGUAAAGCCUCAGAAAAGAUGAAGAGAGAGCGUACUCUGCCGAAGAUCCUAAAGGCAAGGAUGAAGACUGUCCACCCAAGAUGCGGUGAGCUCAUGUAUGGAGACCAGGGAGCCCAAGACUAUAGUGGUCUGGGUCUCGACUUGGAGGAGUGGGAGAGCCUUACCAAAGAGGAGGCUUACAUCGACAUGACCGCGAAGGAGUCCCGCAAGCAACUGCUGAAGGAGACAGAGAAGGACUGGCACUCCACACGGGUUGACAAGCUGAUCGAGCAGAUUCUCUCCCUGCACGAGUCCAAGAGCGAAGGGAAAAUCAUCAUCACUGAUGAAUUUCUCCAGACUCUCGACGUUGUGUCCAACGCCUUAAGAGCAACGGGCAUCGAAUUCCUCGAGUUCAACGGCUACAUGAGCUUGAAGGAGAGGGACGCUGUGCGCGAGCGAUUCAACGACCCCAAAGACAAAGUCAGGGUCAUGCUGGCGACCAUUCAGUGCUUUGGUUUGGGCUUGACCCUGGUAGAGGCUACAAAUAUGUUCAUCCUGACCCCAAGGUGGAACCCUGCCAUUGAUGCCCAGGCCGCCUCGAGGAUCAACCGGAUCGGUCAGACCCGUCAGGUGACUAUCUGGAGGUUUUAUGCACACAACUCAAUUGAGCGCUACGUCGAGAAAGAACGGGAGAGGAAGAAGAGGGCUGUUUUGACAUUAGAUCAGAAGAGGGCGAUCGCCCGAGUGAACAGGAUCAUGCAGAACUCAGAAGUCACUGUAUGGACGUAUGAGUCGCCAAACUCUAUCGAGGCGUACGUCAUGAAAACCCGAAAGAAGAAGAAGAAGAAGAAGAAGAAGGUCAAGUUGGCGUGGCACCAUACUAGUGUAAGCAAGCAUCUGAGACACCAGAUGGCAAAUCUAACAGAGGAUGCGUUCCGCCACACUCUAACCAAGUUGCGGGUCGAGGAGGCCGCUAGCAAGAAGAAGGCAGCAAAGGCGUCACUGCUGGAUCACGGUGGCACAGUGACAGGUCACCGAGGUGAGGGUGCAAGUCGCAGCAAGACGAGUCUUGUAUAG